CCUGAUCACCUUUGCCUUUUUGUCUCUCUUUUGUAAUUGGUUACGUUAUCAUAACUAUGGAACAAAUGAUAAAUAUCCUUUUCAUUCUCUCCAUUCUACUUACACCGUCGGUGGGGUGCUAUACGGCAAUUUUUGGCUUCGGCGAUUCCGUUACCGAUACCGGAAACCACCUUCUCCUCUCUCCCUCCAACGAUAUUCCCCACAUGGGACUUCCGCCUUACGGGGAAACCUUCUUCGGCCACCCCACCGGCCGCUGCUCCGACGGCCGCCUAAUUAUUGACUUCAUCGCUGAACGGUUUGGGCUUCCGUUGCUGCCACCGUCGGCCGGAACACUUUUGGGCGGCAUUAAUACAAAGGGAGGUGUGAAUUUCGCGUUCGUCGGAGCGGCGGCGAUGGACAGUUUAUUCUAUGAAGAAAGAGGGAUUAGCAAUAUUUAUACCAAUGUUUCCAUGAGAGUUCAGUUGAAUUGGUUCAAAGACAUGCUGCCAUCUCUGUGCACAACACGUUCAAAUUGCGGAGAUCUAUUUGAAGGUUCACUUUUUAUUCUGGGACCUUUUGGAGGCAACGAUUAUCGACAUGCACUUUUCCAAGGAAGCACCAAAGAAGAGGUUUGGUCAUUUGCGCCCAAGGUUGUUGACGCCAUUGCCUCAGCUGUAAAGGAAUUGAUUGAAGUUGGAGCCAAGACAAUCAUGGUUCCUGGGGAGAUGCCUGACGGAUGCUUAGCAGUGACUCUAUCACAGUUCCUAAGCACUUCUAGCAAGGAUGAUUACGACCCAGAAACUGGUUGUCUUAUUUGGAUGAAUAAAUUAGCAGAGUUCCACAACCAGCUACUCAUAACCCAGCUGGACCACAUCCAGAAACAACACCCCAAUGUCUUAAUAAUCUACGCUGAUUACUACAACGCUGCCAUGAAACUCUAUCGCUCUCCACGAAAACAUGGAUUUGUUGGAGAGCCCAAGUGCCUAAGUGCCUGCUGUGGAGGUGGGGGGCCUUACAACUACAACUCCUCGGCAGAAUGUGGCAUACCACCUUCCACUGUGUGUUCUGAUCCCUCCACAUACAUUGAUUGGGACGGCCCUCACUUGACCGAGGCGGCGUAUAGAUUGAUUUCCAUUGACUUGCUUGAUGGUCCGUUUACUUCUCCAAAACUUAGGGAUGUAUGUGCUACUGCAAAGCCUAAAGAUCCCCAGGCAAUAUAGUCUAGUGUAUUCACUUGUAUUAUUGUACUGCACCGUCGAUUAAUGUAUUGUUUGUAUCGGUGCAAUGAUCAUUUAUUGUGUUCUGGUGAUGCUCGCUUUGUGAUCUUCUGAUCUUAGGGGCAGCAAAAAUCUUAGUAGGUAUCCCUAUCCACCAAUUAUUUAAUCAAUUUGGUUGGGUUAUUCAUGUUAAAUAAUUACUCAGUACUUGUUAGGAUGUUUUUAAUGCAUUGUUUUGUGUAA